AUUAUAACUCCUUUGGUUUCAGAUUGCUCAUAUGAAAAAAGAGAUAGAUGCUAUUCGGGCUAAGGAUAUUGCUCAAGGUGGAUUGACACAGGGACAGCAAACUCAAAUCGCUCGUAAUGAACAGAGGAUAUCAGAGCUAAUGGAAGAGCUUGAAAACUUGGAAGAGACUUUAAAUGAGAGUAUACUUGAAAGUCUCGGUGCACGUACUGGAAUGACAUCCCGUGGAAAGGAAAAGGCGCCUGAAGAAGAAGAGAUUUCGAGUGAGGAGGAUGAGUUCUAUGAUCGGACACAGAAGCCUUCGAAGAGAAAAAGUGGUGAAAAUCAGUCAAUUGAGACAGCUGAUUCUCUUCUUGAUAAGAAGGAUACUAUUGUCAGGCAGAUGGACGACAAGAGAAGAUUGCUUCUAGAUGAAAAAGAUGGUACAGGUCAGGAAUGUGAGGUUGAAGCUGGAGAUGAACUGGAUGCUUACAUGUCUGGGCUUUCCUCGCAGCUAGCUCAUGAGAAGAAGGAAAAGCUUCAUAAGGAACUCUCCACCCUUCAGUCAGAGUUGGACAGGGUACUCUACUUGCUAAAGAUUGCUGAUCCUAGUGGUGAGGCUGCUAAAAAAAGGGAUCUGAAAGUACAAGAACCAAAUACCAAUUUGACCAAAACCAUCACACUGAGUGUCCAUGAGCAGCCGCCACCAGAAAAGAACAAAAAAGACAGAGUAGAACCUAAGGACUUAAUGGAGAAACAGGGUACUGUUGAUGCAAACUGUACAUCGAGUCAAGAAACAGCGAAGGAGAUCGCCGCUGAUAUAUCUGAUGGUAAAAAAACAGAGAAGGAGAUUGGCGCUGAUAUAUCUGAUGGUAAACAUGUUGUAUAUACUGCUAGUAAGCCCCAAUGGCUUGGUGCUGUAGAGGAAAAGAAAAAACAAGAGACAAUUAUUGAACGACCGACAGAACUUCAAGAAAAUGAUCAAUUUGUUGACUACAAAGACAGGAAUAAAAUUUUGGAAAAACCAGAUGUUACACAGUUGACUGCUGACUCUGUAAUUGAAAAUGCAGCUCCUGGACUGAUAAUAAGGAAGCGCAAGCAAGUGGAGAAGUCUGAUGCCACUGAAAAAGAUUCUCAACAAUCCUCUGGAGCUGAUAUGAAAGCAGAAGAUGCGGUUGCUCUGCUGUUGAGACAUUCUCAAAGAUACCACGUUUCUGAUGAUGAGGUGGAACAUAGUGGACAGGAUGUAUCCCGCGAAAGUCAAAUCAGGAACGAUAAGAAGAAGCACAAGAAGGUUCUUGGUCCAGAGAGACCAUCGUUUCUCAAGAGUGAGACCGACUAUGAUUCUUGGGUUCCUCCUGAAGGGCAAUCAGGUGAUGGACGAACCUCACUGAAUGAUCGUCUUGGUUAUUGAAUGGCUGAGAUUCCAAUGUGCAACACAUGCUGUGGGAUGGUGUAUCUGACUAAAGUCAGCUGCUGGAUCACCUAACUGAAUAUCAUCUGCUGCUUGAUUCGAGAUCUUGCCAAAAAUUUCAGAACAGGAAUGUGUCUGAGGGGAAAAUAGCACAGGGGCUCACAUCUGAGCGGCUUUAUACUCGGCUGGAACACCAAUCUUGAUAUUGCGGGCGUUAUUUUUCCAUGAAAGAUUGUUGUUUGAAGAGGAGGAAAAAAUGGAAAGAGGGUGUUUUAUGGUGUUUGAGCCUUUGAGGGGUGGGGUGGGGAGGGGAGGGAGGUUGGUGAGCAAUGAGAUGCUGGAGAAGAAGGGGAUUGUAAUCCAGCUCUUGUACCUUCUGUUGGGCACCAAGAACCUAACAGCUUCCCAUUUAGAACUGUAUAUAGACGAUAUUGAGUAGCAGAGAUGCGUGUGAUGCGAUGUUCUGUGACCACUUGAAAAGGCAUAUAAGCGAAUGUGUCCCUGAUUGAAGUCAAAGUAUUUGACCAUAGUUAAAACUGAAUAAAAUUUAUCCAAAGUUUAUCUA